UGGUACAACUUAAAAUUGUACAUUUAGGUUAUGGUACAACUUUAGAUUGUACCUAUACUUUUGGUACAAAUUCUUUUAUGGUACAACUUGAACUUGUACCUUUAUGUGAUGGUACAACUUCAAGUUGUAAAGUUGUACUAUAACAUAAUGGUACAAAUUGUUUUAUGGUACAACCUAAACUUAUACAUUUAAUGUUAUAAUACAAUUUUAAGUUCUACAUCAAAACACCAAUGCUAUAUAGCAUAGUAAAAGUGCUCCCAAACAAUUUCUUUCCUUUUGGGCGGGGGAGCGGAACGUGAAUUGAUUGGCGACCCGAUACAAUCCAUUCCCUGAGCCAUAGAUGUGGUUGUCACGCCGGCCGGCGUGCCACUGGUUGAACCUGGUUCAACCGAUACCGGUCAUAAAAUCAGUGUGACACCACCGGUAUGACCGACAUGAUCGAUAUACGAAUCUCUAUGUAAAAUGACCUUAUUUUAGUGAGUUUAAUUGAUAAAAAUAAUUUUAUUAUUUAUUUUACGAGUAUAAAAGUUAAAUAUUGAUGUUAUUUGUUGGAUUCAAGUAUAAAUGGUUAAGUAUUGAUGUUAAAUGUCAUGUUUAAAUAUGAGUAUUUAUAAUUUUAUUUUUAAUAUUGACCGACAUGAACCGACACAACCGAUAUGUGCCACCGGUCGAACCAUUCCACUUGCUAAACCGGCACACUGGUAUAAAUCGGUUUGACAACCUUGAACCCGGUGGACCAAAUUGUACCAACUGAAGAGAAGAAAAAGAACUGGAUCCGGAAUCCAGAGCGUUGCACCUCGCCCAACCAAGGGGAAAAAAGAGCACACAUCACACAGUUCGAUUGUAGCUUUCCGUCUCCCUUCCCUUCCCUUCCCUUCGGCUUCUCCUGACUCUGUCGCUUGGACUUCUCCUCCUCCUCCUCCUCCUUUCGCCAUUUCCUCGCUUGACACUUUGAACGGACUGCGCCAUCUCAACGCAUCAAAUCCCUACUACUUCCGGAGCUUAAUUCGUUUCCACAUCGGGUACAUUUGCAUCCCCUCCUUUCUUUCACCGUAUCGAAUCCGGAUUGCAGAGUCUGUCUGGCAUGAUGGCUACGCCGCUGUUUCUAGGUCUCUCUGUCGAGUACUCGUUGGUGCUUUUUAUUUAGACAAGGUAUCAGAGCUGGUUAUUUGGCAUUCGUUCAGGGGGGUUCGCUUAGGGUUUCAUUUGUUCGUCGUUCAUGCUGUAUGGAUCCGAGGGCUAUAUUGGAUCUCAUUUGUGAUCUACUUGAUUUAAUUGCUAGGGAUUAAUAUGGAAUUCUUGAUUUUUGGAAUCACAUUGUCAUGAAAUGUGAGUACGUAAGUUAAUUUUGGGGGGUUUUCCCCCUCUCUGGUUGUGCGCCCAUUAGUAGGUCUGCAUGCUCGUAUUCCUCCUUGGAUCUGCGAUUCUUGCUAGUUCUUUACGUGUCAAACCUUGGAGCCUACUUUUCUUGGUUAACAUUUUCCUAUGCGCUUUGGGCCCGGUUUCAAUUGGUAAUGUAACUAAUGACAGAGCUUUCGUUUCAACAGAAUGGCGUCGGAAACAGUCAAUCCAAGUGUCCCCAGCGCGCAAACUGUUGGAAAUGCCUUUGUUGAGCAGUAUUACCAUAUUCUACAUACCUCACCUGAGUUGGUUCACCGAUUUUACCACGAUUCCAGUGUGCUAAGCCGUCCUGAUGGGAGCGGUGAAAUGACAUCAGUGGUAACCAUGCAAGGUAUCAAUGAGAAGAUACUCUCAUUGAAUUUCAAGGAACAAAAGGCAGAGAUCAGAACAGCGGAUGCCCAGAAAUCUUAUAAGGAUGGAGUUACUGUGUUGGUGACAGGGUGUUUAACAGACAAGGACAAUUUCAGAAGAAAAUUUGCGCAAUCAUUUUUCCUUGCACCUCAAGACAACGGAUAUUUUGUCCUCAAUGAUGUUUUCCGGUUCGUUGAGGACAAUGAACCACUGGAUAACCUCUCGACGAAUAGUAUUGACAACACCCUGGCAGUUCCCCCAGUGCCAGAUCCAGAGCCUUCACAUGUUCCUGAACCUUCUGCUCCCGAUCCUUCAACUUCAGUUGAGGUAGAGGUUACAAAGGCUUCUGAAAAUGAAAGUGAGCCAUCAGACCAUGAGUUAAUGGUGGAAAAAGAAAUCCAAGUAGAACCUCAAUAUCAUGCAAACGGGAACCAAACCUCUGUGAUUGAUGAACCAGCUUCUACAACAGCUCAAGAGGAUGCUCCUAAGAAAUCUUAUGCAUCAAUUGUUAAAGUUCCAAAAGGUAGUCCUGGCCAAAUGAAAGUUUAUGUACCUACCAAUUCAGCAAAGGCAUCCUCUAAGAAAACUGAGGAUCCACCAGUUCCUGUGGUAUCCGCUCCAGAGUCUGAAUCACGUAUGCCAAGUAGUGAUGAUGCACCAACGGAUAGCUUUGAUCAAGAUGAAGUUGAGGGCCACUCCGUUUACAUUCGGAAUUUGCCUCAUAAUGUGACUGUCUCUCAGCUUGAGGUGGAGUUCAAGAAAUUUGGACCAAUCAAGCCUGGAGGAGUCCAAGUUAGAUACAAUAAGCAACAAGGAUAUUGUUUUGGCUUUGUUGAAUUCCUUUCUCCGGACUCCAUGAAUACUGCAAUCCAGGCAUCUCCUGUUCCAGUCGGAGGACGUCAAUCAAUUGUUGAGAUGAAGAGAACUUCAACUCGAGUUGGUAAUGGAAGAGGCAGGUUCCCAACAGGAAGGGGUGGAAUGUAUCGGAAUGACAGCUUCAGAGGGGGCCGAGGGAACUACGGUGGAGGUGGUAGGGGUUUUGGUGGAAGACCGGAGUUUAACAACAACAACAACAACAACAACAGAGGUGAAUAUCCCGCUGGUAGGGGAAGGGGUUAUCCAAGUGGUGGCAGAGGCGAAGGUUAUCAACAAGUUCGAGGUAGAGGCGGCCGUUCAGGUGGAGCAGCUAGGCUACCGAAUAAUGCUAAUGCCUCGUGAAAACUCCCGACUUCUCUCUCUGUGUUGGAGUUUGCAUGCCUUAACUGUUCAUCAAUUGUUCAUCCAGUCGGAGUAAGUAAGCGUCCUUGUUUCCCCCCCAUUUUAUUAGAAAUAUAUAUGUAGAAGUGUUUUGGGUAUUCCAGCAAUGGAUGACCUCUGGAUUACUAUACCAGCAUGGUUUGUUUCCAUAGUGGGGUGGGAAUUCUAUUUUGUAGGCUUUAGGAGUAGCCAUGCAGGCAUGGGGAACAUACUCAACUCAUCGGAAGUUCUUAUUCCGAUGUCGGCGAUUCGGUAGAUUUUUUGGAUGUUGUCAUGAUAGAGAAGAGGUUGCACAGUUAAUUGAGAGAUGGUUUCCUAGCUAUUAUUCGGAGGAUUUUUCUUUAGUGUUAUCUUUCUUCCUUUCCGGCAAAGCAUAUCGAUUACUUGUACUUCGUAGUAUGCAUGAUGAUAGUCGUUGAACAUAAUCACAAACUGGAGACAGUUUGGUACAUAAAUACAUUAGAUUUACACUCAAAUUCUUUUGUCAGUGAAAUACCAAUAAGGUUUUAAAUAAGAA